AUGUUUUCGGCGACUCGCAGUGCUUUUUUCGGCUGAUGUCUCUCGAAAUGCCGAGAUAGAUACACCGGGAAAAAUACAGACAAGCGGCCUGAAAUCGAGCGUUCUGAUUGGGCGUCGCUAUCGAUUUGCGUGAGCCCGUCUGUCUGGCGUGGCGUAUUGCAGUUUCAAAGCGUUAGUACAGAAUUACGAGGAGGGCGUGUGCAACCAGUUCAGAUCGCACGGUAGUUUGAGCUCACAGAAUCAAAUUAGCAGACGAUUAAAAACGACCACUGGAAUUCGGAAAAACAGCAAUAAACUAGGCCACGGUACUUCUGUCGACAUCAAAUAUAAAAGACAACCCAGACCAGAAGACUGCAGCGACUCGUAAAACUGCAAAAACACGCACGAGAUCGGCGAAAAACUGAAGAGCAUUUGUCAACAUUGGGAACUUCAGAUUGAUAUUCUGAUUUGAAUAUGAAAGGGGCAACUAAAAACAAUUGUAUUGGGAGUGAGGAUGGAUGGACAGAUGCCACAACAAAAGAACUUUUAAAUAAAAUGAAGCAGGCUAUUCCGAAUCCAGAUGUUUCCAAAUAUAAAACGAUGUUGGAAAAAUUCGAAUGGGACAAAGUAAAGAUGGGUCGUUUCUCAGCUGAAGAUUGUAAGAAACAAUGGUUCAGAGUUUAUAAGAAGCUGAGAAAGUUCAAAACUCUGUCAGACUUAAUAGUGGAUUCUCUCGAUUAUAUUGAGAAUCCCUACAAAGGAAAUGUGAAGAAACAUCCUGAUCAUCCCAAACGACCUUUGACACCUUACUUUCGAUUCUUCCUUGGUGAAAGAGAAAAAUAUGCUGCAAACCACAAAGAUUUAACCAAUCUUGAAAUCACCAGUAUAUUGAGCAAGAAAUAUAGGGAAAUAACCAUUGAAGAAAAGGAGAGAUUCAUGAAUGAUUGGAAAGCUGAAAUGGUUGAAUAUAGGAAGAAUUUGGAAAAAUUUAAACAAAAUCAUCCUGAAUAUUAUGACAAAAGUCCGCCACGGACAUCACGAACACCUUUGCAAAUUUUCAAUCAGGAAAACAUGACUGCAGUUCCAGCUACAAAAAGUAAAGCAUGGAAAUCUAAGAAGCACGUUCAGGAGACUUUGAAAAACAAAUACCACGAUCUGGAAGAUGAUCAGAAAUUACCAUAUAUUUUAAAAUCUAUUGAAGAAUGGGAAAAAUACAAGGAAGAACUAGAAAUGUACAAGAAAUCUCAUCCGAAUUUUGUGCCAACGCCAAUGCAUACCAAGUCGGUGUUAACGAUCAGCGAUUGGAGAAUUCAUGAUAAAAGCCUUGGAAAACCAGACAGACCACCAGCGAAUGGGUAUAAUCUCUUUUGCACUCGAAUGAUGGUGAGUGAUGCAAUGAAACAUUUGUCAAGUAGGGAUAGAAUCAUGGAAUGCGGACAAAAAUGGAAGUUACUAACUGAUGCUGAAAAACAGACAUAUCAAACGGAGUUUUUAUCACUGAGGGAAAAUUACAGAUACGCUUUGAAGAAUUUUCUCAAAUCACUGACUCCAAGACAAAGGGAAGAAUAUUUGGAAAGGAAAAAAGAGACUGAAACGAAAAAGAAUCAAAAAAGGAAAGUUCCCAUUCAAAUUAAAGAAGAAGUAAUUUCGGAGGAAGAUUCCACCUCAGAGGAGGAAUCUACAUCGGAUUCCACGAGCAGUGAUAGUAGUGAUGACGAAGAAAAUGAAGAGGAGGAAGCGGAUGAAGAAGCAGAAGAAGAUACAAGUCAACCUGCUUCUUCAUCCGAUGCAAAGGUUACAAGUUCUGCUCCUCUUCGACCAACCACACCCAUCUCAGCUUUGUUUUUGUAUCAAAAAGCUCAUCGAGAGAAGUUUACUGAAAAACAUCCCAAAGCAUCAAAAAGUGACAUCACGAUCAUGCUCGCACGACAAUUCAACAACCUUCCUCAACAAAAGAAGGCUAAAUAUAUGAGGAAGGAAAAAGAGCAAAGAGCAUUGUAUAACGAACAAAUGAGAAAGCAUUUACUAAACGAACAAGCUAAGGCAAGCAAGGAAUCUACUCCUGAAUUGAAGCCAGUCACCGGUGAACAAAUUUAUCAAGAACAAACUAAAGAAAAUUUCCUGGUGAAAGCUGGCGGUUCUGCAGAGAAAGCUCAAGAAUUGAUGAGAAGUUCUUGGACGCAUAUGAACAAAGAACGGAGAAAAAAAUAUAUCAAUAUCGCCCAUCAACAAAAUGCUAAAAAUAUAGCUGAACAUCAAGCGACAGUGGCUGCCACAAAAGGAGGGAAAAAUAAAUCUAAAGAUUCGCCGGCCCCCGUUGAAGAGAACAUUUCACAAAAAGAGAUUAAGUCAUAUUUGGCAUUGGAACCGAAAAAGGUUCCAAAAGAUGGGCUACUACUAUUUCGACAAGAACAUAAACCGAAGUUGCAUCAUCUCAUGCCUAAUGCAAGAAAUCAGGAACUACUUCGGAUAUGGAGCGAGAUGUCAACUAAAGAUAAAGGAAAGUAUAAAGAAAGAGCUAAAGCAGGACUCGUCGAAUAUAACAAGAAAUUACAACGAUGGAUUAAGUCUCUACCACCACAAGCUCAUGAUGCUUACCAAGCUCAACUAGCGAAGAAAACAAAGGCACCAGUCACACAGAAGAAUGAAAAAACAGCAGUCUCGAAUGGGAAGAGAAAGAAAGCAGCCGUAAAGACUGGGCCAACUUCUAAAAAAGCGAAAAUAGCACCAGCAGAGGAAUCCGAUGAGUCAUCAGAUGAUAGCAGUGAUGAAGAAAAUGGUGAUUCAUCAUCUUCGUCAUCAGAUGAUAGUGAUGGUGAUUCAGAUUCUUCCAGCAGUGAUGAUUCCAGUGGGGAUAGCGACUCGUCAUCAAAUGGUGGUGCAACCAAGUACAAGAUUACUGGCCAACCACAGAGUGGAAGUAGUGAUGAUUCAUCUUCCUCUUCUGGAGAAGACGAAUCCGAUUCAGAUUGAAAUGUUUGCUAUAACAAGACUUUAGAAGGCUAUUUAAUAGCUGGUUGCGAGACAAAAAUCGAUACAAGUGAGAGGGUCUGGGACCCUAUACUUUCUGAAGAUAUACCGAAUAUGCCUAAUGACUGAAGUUAUGGGAAGAAAUGUAGAGUUUAUUUUUUAUGGCGAUUAUUGAAUGAGCCCUUUUACGUUCGAAUGAUGAUUUAUUGCAGAAAUGGAAUUUUUUUUGAGAAAACGUUACUUAGUUUUUAACGAUGUUUUAUUUAGCAUUACAUUAUGUUGGUUAGAUAUUUUAUGUCUCUUUCUGUUCCAAUACAUGAUCAUUAUGUAGUGAAGUUAUACAAAACAAAAUAUUAAAAUAAAUUGGAUUCAAAAAACAACAUAUAAAUUAACAAAUUUUCCAUUAUGCCUCAAGGAAGAUAGGUUCUUCAGGAAAAUUUCAGAUAACUGAAACUUGAAACAUCUGUUACUUUGCUAUUCACAUUAUCAUGUCAAUGUAACAAUGGAACUUGUAUUAUAAUUCAUCCUCGACUCUAAAUCUUUUUCAGACUAUAAUGUAUAUCAUUCACUUCGCUAUGAAUCCUUUAAUCUUGUUUUGAAAAAAUACUGUAUAAAGAUUAUUCGUUACAAUCGCUAUUUAAUGGUGUUUCACCUGACUGCCAACUUUCCUUUGGGUUUUAUACUUCAUGUUUUUUUAUUCAUUUGAUUAUUAACUGGAACUUUUUAUCGAUUUAUAUUUUCACUAUAUAUAAAUGAGUAACUGAACAUUCGUUUUUAUAUAUAAUUUGAGGAUAAUAAUUUUUACAUUAGUAUAAAUGUCUUGAAUAUCAAUGUGUUUGAAUACCUCUGCACUAGCCCAAAUAAUGUGGUUAUGUUUACCACAUACUACAUUACACAACAGUAGUGCUACAAUGGCUCAAUGGUCUUUUCAUGAAUGAUAAAACAUAAGCCAACAUCUCAGUUUUCUCUCACUUAUAUUGAUCACCAUCCAUAAGUUCAGUGGUUUCCAAACUUUUUAUCAUGGUCACCAGUAUAAUUGAAUUACCAGAAUCUCGAUUUCCCUAUUCCGAAAUUAUAGUUCCCAGUACUUAUACCAGAAGCUCGGUUACCCUUUUCAUAAAAUUAUAGUUCCCAGUGCCCAACUCCACAACUUGAUUUUCAACGACAACUAUUUCUAAUCCAGCUCGAAUUUUAGCCCACUAUGUCUCUAAUGACAAUGCGACUGACUACAUUGUGAUGCAACCAUGCUGACUGACUUGCUGCUGCGCACACUGCACGUCGAGCUUUUUCGUUGACUAGCGAAAAUAAUGGGUAUUCACGAAAGAAGUUGUUGAGACGGGGGGGCUGUGGGGGUACCUACGGAAGUUACUUACCCAGUUUGGGGACCAAUGCAUUCUUGUAUCCUUGAAAUUUUCCAUAUUGGCAUCCAAUGUAUGUUGCAGCAUGUGUAUCAUUAGGAAUUUAUGUUGUAUAAAUAAUAUUUUAGAUUUGUAUCGUAUGUGUGGUAAGAAUGAUUACUAUGGGCAAGAGUAUGUGAAUAUCAAUUAAGGUUGCGUGUGCCCUACUUUGUUAAAUAUUACAAUCAUUUUUGUCUGCAUAUACUUUAGUCAAUAUGUGUAUGAAGGUUAUCAUGGUUACUAUUUUAUAAUAUUAUUACCUAUUCUUAGUGGAAUUUUUUUUUAA